AUGUGCCUCAGGCCCGGUCUUCCCAAAAGAUUUCAAACCUUUCUCUUCUUUCGCGUACGAAACCAGGUUGAUUUCAAGAACCGACUGAAGACUUUCAUUCCCAAGAUCACCACGGCUCAAGAUGCCUGUGAGAUGGGCGCGACCAUUAAGCAGGCCAAGAAGGAGGCUGAACUGGCAAAGAGAUCCGCUAAGCUCCAGGGUUUACCAGGAAUCAACAUUGCCUUUACCUCAACCGGCCUUGAAGCACUUGGAGCAUUUGUGAGUGUCAGUGAUCAGAAGCUCGUCAAAAAGGACAGAGAGCUAUCUAAAAUCUUCCGCCAAAAACAACUCCGUGAUGGACUGUUCGAAAAGGGCAUGUAUGCGGAUCUUGUGGGCGAGGGGUGGGACAACCCCCAGGAGCUUCGAAAAGAAUACCAGCCCACCAAGGAUAAUGAAAGACUUAUUGAUGGUGUGAUUAUGGUGACCGCAAGCGUGAAGCGUGAUUUGGAUACCAAGAUCAGCGAGGUGAAGCAACAUUUCCUGGCCGAGGAGGGAGAACCUCUCAACCCAGAUACCUAUGUCCUCAGUAGGGACCCUUCUAUAGAGUUGACCCUGGUCAGGGAAGGAAAAGUUCGCCCAGGUGCUAUGAAGGGGAAAGAGCAAUUGAUUGUUUGCGGGCAUGAGGGCGACAAACUGGACCAACCAUCAUGGGCCAAAGAUGGCAGUUUCCUUGUUUUCCGUGACCUCCAGCAACUUGUUCCUGAAUUUGACGAGUUCAUGCAGGAAAAUGCGAAGCACGCGCCUUUCACUCAAAACCAUCCCAAGCCAGCCGAAAAGCUUGCUGCGUACUUGAUGGGAAGAUGGAAGAACGGAACCCCUGUGGAUGAAUCUCCUCAUGAUGACUCUGAUGAAAGCCUCUUCUCAUCGAACAACUUUGAUUACCACCCUGUGGAGGAGCACAACAAGUGCCCCUUUGCGGCACACACCCGCAAAAUGAGACCACGAGCUGACUUGGAACACGACCAUGCUGUUAUUGUUCGUCGUGGCAUUCCGUAUGGCGAGGAAGUCUCGGCCGAAGAAAUGACAGAUGGAAAGUCGUCUGAGGAAAAGGAACGUGGGCUUCUGUUUGUCUGCUACCAGAGCGAUAUCCGAAAUGGAUUCAACUUUUUGACUACCCGCUGGGCGAGCAACCACCACUUCCCCGACCGCAAGACCAACUUCGUGGGUGAUGAUGGUCCGGGUAUUGAUGCGAUUGUGGGCCAGCGAAAGGACCAUCACCCGCCUCGCUCUAUCGGUCUUCCUGAUGGCAAAUAUCCCACCGAGGCGCGCAUGCCGCUGGAAAGCUGGGUCAUUCAAAGGGGAGGCGAUUACUUCUUCGUGCCUUCUAUCUCAACAUUGAACAAUGAACUGACGGGUCCCGGAAUCUUUGACCAGGAGAAAUUGGAGCGCCUCCGUGAAGAGGACGCCUAA